AAUCCAAGUUGCUGAAAUUAUUUAUCUGCUUACUCUAGGUUGGCCAUGAACCCAUUGCACCAGUGAUGGGUCGGAACAUCUUCAGACGACCAGUUCUCCAGCUGCCCGGACUCUUCACAUAUGCCAAGCACAUUGUGAGCAUUGAUGGAAAGUGGGGUCUGUUUAAAGGCCUAACACCUCGCUUGUGUGCAGGAACCAUCGGGACCAUUGUACAUGGCAAAGUACUACAGAGCUAUCAGGAGAUGAAAGAAAAUGAGUGCACUGAAAUGGAGAAAAUUGGGGAGGAACCAUCACUGCAUCGUGUGUUUGAAGAGACGAUGCGAGAGAUGAUUGCUCGCUCCACAGCCACUGUUGUCACUCAUCCUUUCCACGUAAUCACCUUACGAUGCAUGGUGCAAUUUAUCGGCCGAGAAACCAAAUACAGUGGCUUAUUCGGUUCCAUAGUGACGAUCUAUGAGGAAGAGGGAUUUUUUGGCUUUUUUGCUGGUCUGUUUCCUCGACUGCUGGGUGAUGUGAUUUCCUUAUGGCUUUGUAACAUGUUGGCCUAUCUCAUCAACACUUAUGCACUGGAGCCCCCCAGUCAGGGCUCACAGAUCGGGGAGCUGAGAAGUUACUCGCAGGCCGUGACUGGGUUCCUAGCCAGCAUGCUGACGUACCCCUUCGUGCUCGUCUCCAACCUGAUGGCAGUCAACAACUGUGGGCUAGCUGGUGGUCUCCCUCCUUAUGCUGCAGCAUACUCUUCAUGGAUUGACUGCUGGCGCCAGCUAAGCCGAGAGGGAAACCUGAGCCGAGGAAAUAGUCUAUUUUUCCGGAAGGCUCCAACUGGACGAACGUAUGCAGUUGAACAAAAGCGGUUUGUGUAGAUGCACAAGGUGAUGAGCUGCGAACUGAAAGGGUGAGGGGUGGGAGGUGCAGUCUAAUUUGUAUGAUUGUGUUUACAAUGACGUACAUGCAGUUUUUAAUGAUGUAUUGUUGAUCCACACUGGCACAAUUGAGUUAUUUUAUGAUGGAAUGAGAUUGGUCUUUGAUUUAAAGAGGAAUGUAUUUUAAUUCCCUGUUUGUUACCAGUGGUUUGUACAGUGAGUGGUUUCUUCGUGAAAAUGGGGCUGAUGUUCUGAGUGCCAUGUUCCUGGGAAUGGGGCACUCUGUCCUCACAGCAGCAUUCCAAUGUUAGAUUUGAUGCUGUGGUUACCCACCUCCCACUUCCAGCAUGUCAUCAAGUCCAUCUUACACAUAAGAGCAGUAUCUGAUGAUCCCAGGAGAUGUACUGUUCAAAAUUUCUGGUCCAGCUGACUCCUUGUUCAACUCUGUCCUGCCCAAAUGUUUGAUAGUGAAUGAGGAGUGGGGCAGCGAUACUCUGUUCACUGCAACCUCCCACUUUUAGCCGGGAUGUCAGUGACUGCUGUUUGGUGGAAAGAGCGAACGUUUAUCUUGCUGCUGAUGCUCUUCCCUUCCCUCUCCUCCUCAGCAGGAGGGUGGUGAGCAACAUUGAAGAUACUGUGUACCUCACUGCAUUGUCCAGUUUUCCUGAGUGAGGCCCAAGUCAUGAGCUGUUGGACUGGGGAAGAGGUUGGUGGCUGUGAUGGUGAUUGGGAAUGUUGCAGCCAGUCCUGAUCGUGUUCACCCAUUUUCCAUCAGGAUGUGUCUGGUUUCCCUGUUCUCAACAGAGGUACUGAGCCCAGUUAAAACAGUAUUGCAGGCAAGUCUGCAACUUGGCUAAUUUAGCAUUGACCAUAGGUUCCUCUUGGGAUUUUAUGAUUGAUCUACAUCUCAAUCUGGCACACCUUUCUGCUUGGCCUGACAGAGUGAGAUGGGCAUCAUUUUCCUCGUUUCUAAAUGAAAAUGAAUAUUUUUGUUUUGUUUCUCCUGAUCCUGUAAUGGGGACCAGUCAGUACUCAGGGAGCCAGCUGAUGUGAACAUUUCCAAAGUCCUUGCGACAGUCCUGACUGCAGUGAGUGUCUAGAGCCAGCACUGGGGAGUGUUGUACAGCCCCUCCAUCUGCACUGGUUUCUUGUUGAAUGAGAUACAAUGAUAAACAGUAGUAAAGCAGGCAUUUAAGUGUAGGAUUCAUCAACUGCCACAUGUUGGGGUCUAUUUAAUAAAGCUAAUUUGCAUAGCACUAUCACAUUUUGUAAAAUACAUCAUUCUGACAGUGGCUGCACCCCGUGCUACACUAAGUCUGGUCACACUGAACCAUUUUGCUUGUUCUAUGAAUGUUAUUCUGCUAAGUUCAAUUUAGAAAAAAAAAUUAUAUCUAAUUAAAAUGCUAAUUAAAAAUGUUUGAUUCCAGUA